AUGAAAUGGCCCCAACCACUUAUUCUUAUUUGGAAUACUUAUUAUGGUGAAAAUUUUUUGAAGUAUUGGUCAAUAAACAAUUUAACUGAACAAUGCCCUUAUAAAUGUCAUUAUAGUGAUGAUAGAAACUUGGAAAGAAAUGCAACAGUUUUGUUUUUCCACAUUCGUGACAAAGUUGAUCCUUUGCCCAAACAACGAUCACCAAAACAAUUAUACACAUUUUUUGUAAUUGAAUCUCCGCCUCACACUUGGGAUUGGGGAAGAUAUUUUCCUCGAAAUUUUUUUAAUAUUACAAUGACAUAUAGAUCUGAUAGUGAUGUUAAUGUGCCUUAUGAUAUGUUUGAAAGUUAUAAUAAGGAAGAUGUAAAAAAUGGAGGAAUAAAUUUAAAUGAAAUUUGGACUGAGAAAGAGGUGAUUGAUAAAAAUGUUUUUAACUUACAAAUAAUUUUUAGUUUAAAAUUUUUUAUUCUUUUAAAGAUUGACAAUAAAAUAGACAAAAAAGAAAAGCUAACUUUGCAAUUUGUUACAAAUUGCAAAACAAAUUCAAGACGGGAAAAAUAUAUUGAAGAAUUGAAAAAAUAUACAGAAAUUACACAAAUGGGUGGGUGUGUUGGGAAAAAAGAUUGUGGGCGUGAAUGUGAGGAUAAAUUAAUUGAUUUCCAUUUCUUUUAUCUGGCCUUCGAAAAUUCUGUUUGUGAUGAAUAUUUGUCAGAAAAGUUUUGGAGAAUUAAAAAUUUGAUUGUGCCUGUAAUUUUGUCAAGAAAAAUAUUUAAGAAUGAAACUAUUCCGAAAGACUCAUUUAUUGCAGCAGAUGAUUUUGCAACUCCAAAAGAAUUAAUAGAAUAUUUAAAGGAUGUAGCAGCUGAUAAAAAAUUAUAUAAAAGGUAA